AGAAAAGCGUGUUAAGUCAUUCAAUUUUGUAAACAAAAGUUUUUCAACUUGUUCUGCUUAAUUUUAGAAAAUAAAUUGCCGAUAACUUACUUCUAGCUUAAAUAUUCAGUUGUAAAGCAUUUAAUUAAGUCAUUAACAUGUCUAAGACAAAGAAAAACAACAAGUCACUCCUUAAUGAAGAAGGGCAGUCACAAAAUCGAGUUGAUAUGGGAAUUUUAGUGACAGUUCUUGGCUAUUGUGUUUUAAUAAUUUUCCUACCAAUCAUCAGUUUUUUUGGUUCAAAGUACGUGUUAGAAGGCUUCGAUUUAACUUCUAUAUCCAAAAAUAUCUAUGCUGCAAUUAUUGCUGUGAUAAAUCUGCACAUUGCAUUAGGAGUGUAUUUGUAUAAAGGUAAGUGAAUGUUCUUGCAUAUUCUUGACAUUGGCACUAAUUGAGCUUCUGAUUCUCUACUUCUAGCAUACUCAGAAGGCGAUACACCAAAGCAAACGAUUCAGAAGCAGGAUUAAGCGUUUUUGUAUAUAUAUAUUAAUAAGUAUGAUAAUUUUUUUUGACUUAAAGGAUGUUUUGAAUGAGAAAGCGUACGAAAAGGCCAAAACGUGUUGAAAUUAUUCGAAUUUUAUCUUAAAAUGGUAUUAAGAUAGACAAUCAUCUAAUUUAAAAAACUUUCAUGGUGCGUACGAUUGUAAAACAGAAAAGAAAACUCUUUCGACACCUCCUAUUAAAGCCAUAUUAGCUUUUGUGCGCUUUAUUUUCUUUUGAUUAGCUAAGCGAUACAAUCCAUUUGGGUAUUAACAUUAGGUUUUGAAAGAAUUGCCACAAUACUUGUAUCAAAAUCAUACAAAAAUGUUCGAAAACAGUUCAAUUCCAUUAAGUCAAUCAAAACUGUUGUAUGGUUUCAAAAUACUAAAACAUUUGGAAGGUUUUGAAACUUCUAGUCUCUUCAAACACAUUCCAAUCAUUAAAAUAUGCGCCCUUCACUUAUUACCUCACUCAUUUAAAGUAAAUAAAUAAUAAAUAGUGACAACAAGCCCUUAAAUCUAGUUAACAUCGAUCCUAAUAUUGAGAACACAAGCUUUUAGCUAAAUUUUUUAUUAAUUUGGUUUUUUGAUGAUGAAAUUCGAACGCAUUUUCACAAUUUUUGAUCUGUUUACCAUUCAAUAGGUAGCCAUGAUCUCCAAUUUCAAUAGUUGUUGCUCAAUGAACAUAAAGUGAUCACUUACUGACUUUGAUUCUUCAUAUGCUUCUCCCCUUAUCAAAGCUACUUCCCUCAACAUCCAAAUUUUAAAACAAUAAGCAAUAAAUUUACCAAAAGAUAAGAGUAAUUGCCUCAAAAAAAUACCGUGAACAUGAAAACCUUAAAAAUGUGCAACAAAUAUGAAUUGAACAAAAAUAAAAGGUUAUCAAUCAACAGAAAACAUUCACUUUCAUGUCGUGAGGAAAUAAUAAGGAAUUGAUUUAGUAUUUGAAAAUUAUUACAUUGUUCGGGAUGAACAGCUCGUGAGUUUUGAUUUAUGACAUUUUAAAACAUGCAUACAUAAUAUUUUGCUAUUACACAGAAAGUUGUUGUUAAGGGGUAUCUGAAGUUUAAGGAUUACUUUUAAAGUCGAUAAGAAGGUUUGUGAUGAUAAAUGAUGCCAACUACUAGCUUUUCAGUACUUAAAGAGUUUGCAUCUAAAACUGAGGCACAGCUAUAUUAUAAUGUGAUUAGCUAAUAUCUUAUUCUAGCUACAGUCCUUUUUAAGCUGUUGUUGUUCGUUAUCAAGAUUACGCAAAAGAUCUUAUCAAAUACUCUGAACUAUCGCUGCUUCUAUUAAAAUCUAAUGCUGAAUGGCGAAAUUCUCAGGAAAUGAAAAAUAAAACAUCGUUGAGUGAUUCACAGUAGGAAUAAGAUAAGAAGUAGGUGAGUUAUCAAAAUAAGAUCAGUUUCACACAUUUUGUUGCCUUUUUUUUCGUACGCUCGUUGCGUCUUGAGUGUUCCUUGAAAAUGUAAUAUAAUUUUUAUGUAUUAAAGAAUGUAUUGACUGAUUUCUUUAAUAGAUAAUAA